CUUUAUCCCAAGAUCUUCAUUGAUUCUACAUAGCAGUGUCCGUAUUUGUUCUAAAUGUUACCCAACCCAGACACAUGUCUCAGGCCACACCUUGGCACCACCCCAACUGCCGCUUGCCAUACACAAUGUCGUUCCCCGCAUGUAAUUAAUCUGGAGUCAAGUUGGAGAACUGUGCAGAAUGGGACAAAGCAAAGAUUACGGAGUACCGACAUCAUUUUUUGCCGGCGGGUCGUUGGUGCAAGGGGUGUAGAAUAGCGUCAGCCAUGGUUAGGAGCUUUUGGAUGCCGCGAGACUUUGACUUUAACCUGCAUUUUUCCGAAUGUUUAUUGCAUAGGUAGCGGGCAUGGUAACAAAUUCAUGAAGCGUUACACCGGGGUCGUGCUUCGUAUGGGGAAGUCUGUGGAGGGAAGUAGGUAUAGCAGGAUGUUAGGAUGGGCCAGGAGAAGGGAAAAGAGUAUUUGUUUGUGUUGACGAGUGCUUUCAACCUGCCUUCAGGGACCGAUCGUCUCCUCAAUGUGGGGAGAUUGGCGCGCGGUUCAGAGUUUCCGGGUCUGUGCUUCACGUCGUCGUCGUCCAUUUUGUUGUUUCCAUCCCAUAUCCGCGUGCCUUCCCCGCUCAGACCCAAGGUUCGACCACAGGGUGGACUAUUUUAACUGCUUGCCGCUACUCUACACUGCUCAGCUUUUCCUCUUCCCCUACAGCUGCGGCUUCACAAGUCGCAGUACUGUUUGCCAGCAUGCCUUUCGGAAUACUGGACUGUAAAAAGAUGGAAGUCGUGCCUGGCACGGCUUUCAUGUCUGACCAAGAUGACCUCCCUCCCGAAUUUGCCUACAUACCACGAGAUCAACUGAAACACGGCACCGGCCGCUACAAAAACGUGAUUCUCGUCCCUCAGCCAUCUGACAGCCCCAACGACCCCCUCAACUGGCCACAAUGGCGAAAGGAACUCAUCCUCCUAAUUACCUCCCUCUCCGCUGCCGUCGUCGGAGCCUACGGUCCCAUGCUGUCCCCCGGCUUUGUCGAAAUAGCCCACAACCUUGACAUUACCCUUGACGUCCUCGCCCAUUCUACCGCCUGGCUCAUCCUCUGCAUAGGUCUCGGGUUGUUCAUCACCAACCCCUUAGCCAAAAUCAUCGGCCGCCGACCCGUCUACCUCGUUGCCAUCUUCAUCAUGUUCAUUACUUGCAUCUGGGGCGCUGCAGUCAAGGAAUACGACUCCUUUCUGGCAAGUAGAAUUAUUGCGGGUAUCGGCAUGGCACCCUAUGAGGUCUUGGUACAGUGCACAAUUGGAGACUUAUACUUUGUUCACGAGCGGGCGACGAGGAUUGCGGUGUGGAAUUUAUUUUUGCUGACGGGAAUCAGCGGGGGCGCGUUGGUGGCUGGGUAUAUAAUCGAGCGGGAGGGGUACCAAUGGACGUUUGGGGUGUGCGCGAUUCUGUUUGGGGUUUUGGGGUUAGGUGUUAUUUUUGCAGUACCGGAGACGGCCUAUAGGAGGGACGCGGUUGUUCCUGUGCCUGUGGCAAAGGGGAAAGAAGAAACAGAAGAGGGCAGUGUGAGGAAUAUGAGGCUGGGGAGGGAGCAUGAGGUGCAGUUGCAGCAUGUUUCUUCUUUUACUGAGGGAGGACAUGGGUCGAAUGUCACCGAACAGGCAACGUUGGAAGCGGCCGAGAGAAAGCAUACUUAUUGGGAGUCGUUGAGGGUCUAUACUGGGCGGUACUCUCGAGCUCCGGGGUGGAAGCCGUUUGUGAGACCUGUGGUAUUGUUAUUUUAUCCAGCUGUGUUUUGGGGAUUCCUAGUAUACGGAACCGUCAUCACUUGGAUUGUCGUUUUUUCCGUCGUGAACGCAGUCAUUUUUGUGAACCCUCCAUACAACUUCACCAUCAGUCAGACCGGCCUGAUCAGCUUAUCCCCGUUCAUCUUGACCAUCAUCGGCGAGCUCAUUUCAGGUCCUCUUAACGAUUGGAUCUGCAUCUACCUCACCAAGAAAAACAGGGGAAUCUACGAGCCAGAGUUCCGUCUCCCUCUUAUGGCCGUUUCUCUGAUAACGGGAGUUGUUGGGUUUUUUGGAUUUGGCGCCUCUGUUGAGUACCAGACACAUUGGUCGGGUCCAGUGCUGUGCUUUGGGCUGGCCAACAUGAGCUUGGUGUUUGCCGCCACCUGUGUGUUUGGAUACAUUGUGGACAGUUACCGUGAACUGAACGAAGAGGCAUUUGUGGCCAUAAAUACUAGGAAUCUGUUGACAUUUGGCUUGACCUACUUUGUCAAUGGGUGGCUGCAACAGCAGGGUCCGCUUGUUGUGUUUUGUAUCCUCGGGGCGCUGUUUGUCUUUGUCACUUUGUUGACAAUCCCGUUAUGGAUCUUUGGCAAGAAAUUCAGAAGCUUUACCGGGCGGAAUCGAUGGCUCCAGAGGUUCAUGAAUGAUAAUGAGUAA